AUGCAAUCAUCGGGCCGUAACGGGAGACUUGGAAGAUGGGCAGCUUUACUGUCAACCUGGACUCUGGAGAUUAACCGAUGCAACAAUAAGGAGGAAGAAGUUCUUGGCAUUCUUGCCGCAAUCAUCACACCACGGGAGGAUGUAGAUGAUAUGCUGAUCGCGAUCUCGCCCCGGAAGCAACCGAGACAGAUUAUCAGUAUGCCGCCCCCUACGGCCAGCCGCGAAGAAUCGAUUCUUGUAGUCAGCGUUGAUGGAGCAGCCCGUAUCCAGAAUAAAGGGGGCUCCUACAGUGCAAUAACAUGGAAGCUUCCCGAGUGGACUAUAGUAUCGGCUGCGUCGCGUAUCGACACUGGGCUGACCGUGAACAGGGCAGAGUACCAUGGGUCGCUGCUGAGUUGCGAGUUGUUGGACACGCAGACAAGGGAACGAGUGUUCAUUUGUGGGGAUUCCAACCUGGUCAUCAGGCAGAUAUGGGGUGAAAUUGACUGCAAGGCACCGGGACUGCAGUUACUACGUCUCAAGGCCCUAGAUCUACUGCGAUCGUGA